UGCUCUCGUGCGCUCUGGUGGGAAACAGGGAAGAGAUAAAAAACUGUUUUAACCGACACCGAGCGGCACUUCUCCUCCCCGGACCGACAGCCUUACGUUUCUCCGUCUGACUGCUGGGGGGGGAAAAAAACAGCCUCCACAGGCCGGACCGAACCCGCCCGGGGACCCAGGGCUCGGUUUCGGGUGAAAGUUGGCGGUGUUUCGGCGAAGUUGGCCCGAGUCGUCGCGGUGGAUGUCGGCGGAGAACAAGGCGGAAUGCUGGGGCCGCCGUCGCCGAGCUGAAGCGGCUCCAUUUUCGACAGCCGGAGAGAGAGAGGAGCGAAAGAAAAGAGAGAAAGAGGAGAAAAACAAGUGAACGACGGAGCAAUGGCCGAAGCCAGGACGGACGAGGAGGAGGAAAACAUGAGAGAAACCCGGGAACAAGUGGUGAGACGGCAGCCGAACAGCUCCGGAGGUCGUCCCAACAGACGUAAGCCGGAGCAUCGUCACAGCCAGGGUCCUCUCUCGUCCAUCAGAGCUGCCAUCAAGAGGACCUCCACGAGGUCGACCUCUCUCUCCGAGGCGCCCAGAGAACGAGAGCGAGACCGGGACCGGAGGCGACCGGAGAUCACCAUCCUGUCAGCAGAGCCGCUUGCCUCCACCUCCUGGUUCCCAGGGGCUUCUGGGGGAUUCCCUCCUCCGCCUCCACCAGCCGCUCAGAUCUGGGGUCCCACCAUCCCUCCAUCCAUACAGCCUCCUCCCUCGUAUGAGGAGGUGAUCAGAGAAAAGACUCAGGAGCAGGUUCUCCUCCCCCCUUCCUCCUCCUCCUCCUCUUCCUCCUCCUCCUCCUCCUCUUCACGACGUCCAGUUUCCACAACAACCAUCGCCACGCAGACCGAUCCAGGCUCCGCCCCCGAGCCCCACGGCUCUCAGGUUAAGAGACCAGUGAGGCCACCACGACCGUCUCUCCCUUACACUCCCAAACCGUCCCACGUUGAUGACAUCAGCAGCAGUGCUAGCCAGUCAUCGUUCAUCGCCCUGUGUGACAGCGCGGGACCAAACUCACACCCCGAGGGCGUCACACACACCGUCACACACACCGUCACACACUCCUCAGCUCACACACAGUGCUGUGACCUCCUCGCUGACGUUUUCUCACCUUUGACCUCCGCCUGUGGAGCUCAAACUGACCAGUGGGAUCCACCUGUGGCUGGUGUAACCGUGGCAACACCUUCUGGCCCCUCGCCCAACGCCCCGCUGGAGCGUCCCAGGCCGCGCCCACGCUCCAGGCCCCGCCCACAGUCCGGCAGCACAGAGGUCAAAGUUCAGACUCUGGUGAAGCUCCGCGAGGACGGGUUAGCCACACUCGCCGCCCGCAGAGAAAGCGACGUCACCAACAAGGAAGUGAGCCAGGGGAAGUACCUGCAGGAGCUCCUCGAGGCCUUCAGCUCUGACGACUGGGGCUUCCCCGAUCACCGUAGCGACGGCAGCGGGCUCAGCCAAUCGGAGGGCGAGGAGGAAGACGAGGAAGAGGAAGUUGAGGAAGAAGACAUGGCGACUCUGAAAGCGAGGAUCCAAGCCUUCGAACAGCAGCAGCAGCAGCAGGUGGCCGACGGUAGCUAUGGAAACGGUAACCAUGGAGACUGUGGGACAGCCGAAGAGGCCUCCAUCGCUAAGAGACCCGAACCGCGGCCACGCCCUCGUCUCCAGGGCCAGCCCGCCAAACCGGCCCCUCCCAUCGUCGCCCCAAAACCCAAAACCUUUGCACACAACAUCAAACCGUCCAGCAAAGGAUUCUGGGAAGACGGAGCUUUGACAGCAGCAGGAUCAGACUCGGGUGGCGUUGACGCCCCGAAAAGAACUGACCCCCCGGCUGCAGACGUAAACCCCUCUGAAGCCGCCCCUUCCUGUCCCCCAAAACCUGCUCCGGCUUUGCUUCCCCAACCCCAGAAAAGCACCGAAAAGCCCCCGCCGAUUUCCCCCAAACCCCAGUGUCCCGUAGAAACCCCCCCCUCAGCCGCCCCGGCCCCGGUCCCCGCCCCCCGGCCGCCUCCGCCCAAACACAGCUCCUCCCAGGGCGACGCCAAUCCCAAACCCCCACCCAGACCUCCAGUCGCCCCCAGGGCCAGCGUGGGCGCUCCGGCCCAGGACAGGAGCAGCGCGGCCGGGGUGGAGGCUCCGACUCUGCCCCCGAGACCCUCCACAGAGGGCGGCACGGGCACGGAGACACAGACACAGACACACACCGCGAAACCGGGAAGUGGUCGUCCAGGACUCCCGACAAAACCACCGGCACUGACCUCAGCACGCAGAGCCAGCGCUCCAGCUGUGGCCUCCAAGCCCGCUGGACCCUCGCCGACACCCACAAACCCGGACCCGGCCCCCGUUCUGCCCAAACCUCCUGCCCCGGCUGCAGCCUCCAAACCUCCAGGCCCCUCUCCGGCCCCAGUCACAGCCCCGGCCCCGGCCCCUGGUCUCAAACCUCCAGCUCCGGCCCUCAGGAAGGGCCCUCCACCUCAGACCAAACCCGAUGCUGCGAGCACUGCCAACCCGAACCCGUCGGACCCUCCUCUGCCUCCACGUCCAUCAGGAGUGAAGCUCCUCCCCCUUCGUCCUCCACCAAUCAAAUCCAUUCCUGGCCGACCGCCGCCUCCCGCCAUCAACACCACGUCCUCCUCUGCAACCAACCAGGCACCUCCUCCAGCUAAAACUAGCCCCGCCCCCUCUGCUUCUCCGGCCAACCAGGCGCCUCCUCCAGCUAAAACUAGCCCCGCCCCCUCUGCCUCUCCAGCCAACCAGGCGCCUCCUCCAGCUAAAACUAGCCCCGCCCCCUCUGCUUCUCCAGCCAACCAGGUGCCUCCUCCUUCCAAGACUCCAUCCCCGGCCAAUCAGACGCAAAGUCAGAAGACGCUGAAGAGAGGGCCCCCGCUGCCCCCCCGGCCUAAACCUGGACACCCGCUGUACGGCAGCUAUGUGAAACAGGAAGUCCUGGUUGUACUGGAUGACCCAAGCCCCGCCCCUUCGGAGAAUCUGUUGGGUGAAGGGAGAGCUCACACUGUCGUCACGCCUCUCAUCGACCAAUCACAGUGUCUCCUGGACCUGGACAUCCAACCAGAGCCUGCCCCUGACAUGGACAACCAAUCCAAACGCACCUUGGAGGGCCUGGGCCUGUCAGAGUCUCAGUCCAUCCUGCCUGUCCAGAAGGAGCAGCCAGAGCCUGCAGCUGUCAGCGGUCCCAGGUGCGUGGCCAAGUUCGACUAUGAGGGCGAGGAGGAGGACGAGCUCACCUUCUCCCAGGGUGAUGUCAUCGCCCUGCUGGAGCUGAUUGGACAGGAGUGGGGGCGGGGCCAGAUCCACGGGCGAAUAGGAAUCUUCCCUCUCAGCUUCACUGAGGUGGUGGAGCCCCUCCCACAGCCGCCGUCGCCGGGGGAAACAGCAGAAGUUACGCCUGUGGUGGCCACGGAUCCCACAGCGGUGGAAACGCCUGCACCAAAACCCCCACAGGACCAAGACUCCGUGGCCGAGGAGUGGGCCGUGGCCUUGUUCGACUUCCCGGGUCAGACCGCAGAGGAUCUGUCCUUCCACAAGGGGGCGCAGAUCAAAGUGCUGCGGCACAUCGACGCCGAGUGGAGGAGGGGCAGACUGGAGGGGAGAGAGGGGAUCUACCCCGCCGCUUUCACACAGCCCUGCAACGCUCAGCCAAUCACAGGCCAGCAGUCGGCAGUUAAGGGCGUGGCCAAGGCUCUGUUUGACUUCGCAGCAGAGAGUGAAGACGAGCUGACACUGAAGGUGGGUGACACCAUAACGGAGGUGGAGUCUGUGGAUGAGCAGUGGAUUAUGGGAGUUGUCGGCGGCAAGCGUGGAAUCGUGCCCAAAAACUACAUUUCACUCUGUUAAGUGGAAACUCUAACACUGUCCCGACCAGCUGAGCGGGAAACCGCAGCUUCAAACUGUCAACCCCCCCGAGAUGAAAAUACACAGCUGGGGCAUUGAGCCGGCAUCCCUCCAAGCUACAAGCCCCUCCCACCUGUUCCCCUGUGAUGAGUUGUGUUUGGUGGGCAUUUUGAACCAAAGUACCGUGUGUGUUGCCAUGAAAACACGUGUACAUGCACACGUCGAAGCCGUUGUCGAGUGUUUCCGUGUAUUUCAGUAACCAAACGUUUCCAUUUUCCAAAAAAAUAAACAGAAAUCCCUUUUCCGAAAACAACGCAGCUGGUUGUUAAGGAACCUGUUCUGUCGUCAUGUGGAGAACCUACAGAACCAGCAGCACCUGAAGCAACGGGAUCGUCUCCUCGGUUGACGACCCUCAACUGAUGUUGCCCUGGCAACCGAGAAAUUGCCUGUUGUCAUGACGACCGAGAGCACGACGAACUGUUGGUGCCUUGAUUUGACUGUUUCCGUUCAGUGUUGCCUCAGUGAUAUGGAACACUUUGCCUUACUUGGCUGUCGCCCUGACAACCAAAAAUGCUACGACACUACACUCCCCUUGGUAACAGAACUGCAGAACUGUGAAUGGCUGCUGUUGCCAAGGAGAGUGAGAUCACUGAUGCCAGCCUGUGUUGCCUCGACAACAACAGAAAACACCAUCCACCAGUGUUGAUUUGAUGAUUCAGAACACUUUUGACUGUUUCCUUGGCAACUGAGAACACUACAUCAGCCUACCUUGAUUACUUUGAAACCCUGUGUGGCUGUUUCCAUGGAGAUCCCACCCCUGUAUUGUUUUGACAACAACAUAGAACUUCAUCCACCAGUGUUGCCUUGGUGACCAAGAAAACCUUUCCUUACUGGCUGUUGGCUUGGCAACCGAGAACACUACACCAGUCCCACCUUAGUAACCUAGACACCUUGAGUGGCUCUUGCCAUGGAGAAUGAUAACCUGUGUUACCUUAACAAUAAUAGCAAACACUAUCCACUGAUGUUGCCUUGUGACUGAGAACACUUUUCCUUAUUGACUGUUGCCUUGGCAACUGAGAACACCAUGCCAGCCUUACCAUGGUAACUUAGAAACCUUGUGUAGUCAUGGAGAACCUGUGUUGCCUGGACGACAACAGGAACCAUUGUUCACCAGUGUUGCCUUGGUGAUUGGGAAAGACAGCAUUUCCCGUCCAACAGAACACACUGCUGUUACCAUGGCAACUGAAAGUGCGACUGUAUUGUUUUUUUUAGAGUCACGGAGCUGUGCGGCUCUGUUGCUGUGAUCACUUCCUCGUCUCAGAUGACUCUUUGUUUAAUUCAGUCAGAACUUUGGUCUUUUCCCACCCGGACUCAAUUUUUCCAUCAUUUUCUGACGUGGUAUCACUGAGCCUGUGUUUCCAUGACAACAACAGGUGCUUUUGGGUCUGGUUUGUGGAGCAUCAGUUCAACGGAAGCUCCAAAAACCAAACCGAAAAACACUCAAAGUUUAUGUGCUUCAGCUGCAAAUGACAACACAGUGUCAAUGUCCGAGGUGAAAAAUUGCUUUAAAGAGCCUUUACUAUAGGAAUCCAACUUUUCCUACGUUUGUAUCCAUAUAUGAGCACAGACGUUACAAUGCAGACUGUUUAAAUUUGAUUGUUGUUUGAGCGGUAAAAUUGAAAGUUACUGCGUUCUGAGAAACUCCAAGCAGUUUCAGCCUAACUCCAGGAAACACGUUACAGCUGGACUCGGUCCUGAUUGGCUCCCUUCACGUAGGAAUCACAGAAAUCCACCCUGUCCGGCCAGUUAGCGUUAUUUGACAUUGAAAAGCUCCACUCAGCAGGUUUUACCUCGACUGAAUUAGAGGAGCUACUUUGAGCUGCUUCAACCAGCCAAUCAGAGACCACUCUGUCACAUUUAUAACUUUUAUAAUUCACCAAACUGCAGUUAUUUCUGAAACAACACGGAAAACAUAACUCUGAUGCUGAGCCAGAGGAGAUUUGAAAAUGAAAUCAUGCAAACUGAGUAACAUGGGGGCAUUAAAGGGAAAUUCCACCCUAAAACACAUGAGCACAUUUUAAUGUCAGGGGCUGGUGACUUAUAUUGUGUUUCUGGUGGUGUUUUGUGUGCAGCUGUAAUGGAGUUUAAUAGGAGAAAGAAGUGAGCUCUCUCUUUUCUCCGCUGGAUUUCUCCCUGUUUGUUUGUUUGCUUGUUUGACAUCGCUGCAAAGACGUCCUCGCUCUUUUACUUUCAGGGUUUGACAUUGAAAUCUGACAGCUAUGAUGGUUGUCAGCCACAGAAAAACAAAAUUUCAUGAUCAGAGAACAAACCAGCACCAGAAAUGCAGGACAAGUCAUCAGACCCUGUUUUUAAAAAAGUGAUUAUGUGGCUGUCGCUGGAAUAUUUACGUUAAAGUUAGUGUCCCGGCUGCUGUCCUGUCUGAAUAGUGCUGCUAAAUUUUGGAAAUUUAAUCUUUCAGCCCUCAGUUCUAAAAAAAAACAACUGUGACAUUGCACAGGGACAUUGUUAGUUUCAAUUAACUGAACACUACCUACUGCAUAAGCACCUUUUAUCUUGAUGAUUUACUAAAUAAAGGCUUAUUGAAUUAGUUUGUAAUAUUUUAAACCCUCACAUCUAAACUUUGAAAUGCUCUGAGUGAAUCGCCUCACUCAGAGUGGAACAAAAAGUGUUUUUAUAAAGGUUUAAUACAAUAAAAUCAUCUUAUAAAUGUCUGUAAUACACCACAAUCAUAAAGUCAUGGUGCCUUAUAAGUGUGUUAUAAUUUUUCUAACUAAAGUUGUAAUACAUCAUGAACAGAUUCUCUAAGCCUUUACGACUCGAGCACAUGUUUAUCAUUUGUUAUAAUGAGACUUUUACGUCCUGUAAGCGAUGGUGCUCCAUAGAAAGUGACUUGUAAAAUCAGUUUUCAGCCUCCACCCGUUCAGCUUCUGCUUCCUGGAGUUAAUCUGCGCUGCGAGGCCGUGUUACACACUGUGUUACACACCGCGCCGAGCCGUACCGAUGUGUGUUCGCCACGGCGUCGGCAUACCGAACCGAGUAUCACGAAGUAUUGAGAGCCUCAUGCGCCUCGCUGGUUUCAGUGCCGUGACUCCGUGAGGUGGAGGGCUCUGGCUGUCGAUUUUUAAAGGUACUGUACCGCCUCCUGUCCUGAAAUGUGCCCUUAUCUUGAAAAAUUCAUGCUCUGCGUGCUAAUGUGAUUUCCUCUUGUUAAAAACACUACAUCUCAAAAACAGCAUCUCUUACUGCAGGCUGGAUAUGAGUCCUACUUAUCAACUCAAACUCUUAAGUGUUCUUGUUUUAUUUUUUUCAUUAAAGGUAAAACAUGAAGGAUUUUCUCUGAAUCUGCCACCUUGACGACGACCACCGGCUGUUUGUUUUUUUUUUUUUUUACAUUCCUGUUUUUAGUCGUUUAUCCGGUGUGAAUCUCAGUACAUUUCACGGAAACACACCGACUGUGGCUGAGGUCAAAUUUUCUUAUUUUUUCAAUUAAAGGGCGAAGAGUCCCAUUUUCCAGAGUAAUCCCAGUAUGAACCAGAUUAAAGUGUGAAGCUGACGGCUGGGUUUGCUCUCUGAGGCGGUGAAAAGCAUCUCACCUGAUGUUGCGUUCACAAAAGAUGUUGGAAAAUCUGAAAUUCCAGCUUCCUGCACUGUAAACACUACACGACGUUAUAAUGACACUGAAUUCAUAUUUGCAGCAUCACAAGACCUCCAGUUUGUCAAAAUACCAACACAAUUAAACGACAUUAUCGUUGCACUGAAGCAUUCUAACACUACAUUUGCUGUUGCGUCACAAAUGGGUUUAUGUCGAGUUAAAAAAAAAAAAAAAAAAACUCACACACAUUCAUGUCUGAUUUCUUUUUUCCAAGCUGGAAUUACGACGGUCCAAACGGGAAAUUCUGACUUUUGACUUUGAUUUGAACGUCUUACCCUCUCAUCUGUUUCACCGGCAGUUUAAGAAAGAAAGAGAAAAUCUGACAUGUGGCGUCUUUAACAUGCCAGCAAUACGACUGGUCAUGUACCAAUGUAAUGACUGUAAUGCGUGUGUGUGUGUGUCUGUGUGUGUGUGUGUGUCUGUGUGUGUGUGUGUGUGUGUGGGAAAGAGAAAGAGAGAGAGAGAUGAGUAAACAGAUUGAAAUAGCUUUGUAACAGAUGUUUUAAUGUGUAACCAAACAUUCCGACUUUCUAAUCCAAAUAAAACGGUGACACGUUUUAAUAUU